AUGACCAAUCUGUGGAAGGCACUGACGCGUCGCAAGACGGAUGGUAACGAAGGCGAGUCCCAGCUGGCGCGAGUCCUGAACCUCUUUGAUCUGACGGCCUUGGGAGUGGGCAGUACUCUGGGGCUGGGCGUCUACGUCCUGGCCGGUCAGGUGGCCUACAAUAUAGCCGGGCCAGCGGUGACUAUUUCCUUCCUGAUUGCGGCCGUCGCGUCGGCCUUCGCGGGAAUCUGCUAUGCGGAGUUCGCCGCCCGAGUGCCAAAGGCGGGAAGCGCCUACGUGUACAGCUACGUGACAAUCGGGGAGUUUGUGGCCUUCACCAUAGGAUGGAACCUCAUCCUGGAGUACGUUAUUGGCACGGCCUCAGUGGCGCGCGGCCUGAGCGGAUACUUCGACUCGCUGAUCAACAACGACAUGUCGAAGGCAUUGAACGAGUCGAUGCACAUCGACGUGGACUUUCUGGGCGACUACCCAGACUUCCUGUCCUUCGGCAUGGUGCUGCUGCUGGCGGGCAUCCUGGCCUUUGGCGCCAAGGAGUCUAGCUUCCUGAACAACAUCUUCACCACCGUCAACCUGGUCACGAUCGCCAUUGUCCUGGUGGCCGGAGCCAUGAAUGCCAACGCCGACAACUGGCGCAUUCCGGAAAAUGAUGUGCCCGAGGGCUUCGGCACGGGCGGCUUCAUGCCAUUCGGCAUUGCCGGAGUGAUGGCCGGAGCAGCGAAGUGCUUCUACGGGUUCGUGGGCUUCGACUGCAUCGCCACCACGGGCGAGGAGGCGAUUAAUCCCAAGCGAAAUAUCCCGCUUUCGAUCGUGGUGUCGCUGAUCAUAAUCUUCCUAUCCUACUUCGGCGUGUCCACGGUGCUGACCAUGAUGCUGCCCUACUAUCUGCAGGACAAGGAUGCCCCCUUCCCGCACGCCUUCAAUGAAGUCGAGUGGUACACCAUCAAGUGGAUCGUGACCAUCGGCGCCGUGUUUGCGCUUUGCACCAGUCUGCUGGGCGCCAUGUUCCCGCUGCCUCGCAUCCUCUACGCCAUGGGCAAGGACGGCAUUCUGUUCAAAAAGCUGUCCACGGUGAACAGCUACACGAAGACCCCGCUCCUGGCCACCAUUGUGUCCGGCAUCUUUGCCUCAAUUAUGGCUCUGCUCUUCAACCUGGACCAGCUUGUGGACAUGAUGUCCAUCGGAACGCUGCUCGCCUACACCAUCGUGGCCAUCUGCGUGCUCGUGCUGCGAUACCAGGACGAGGACAUGACCAAGCUGGUGUCCGUUAAGGCCCCGAACCUGUUCCGGCAGCUUUUCAACGGCAACUCCUUCCGGGAGCCCAACUCGAUGACCUCGGCCAUCACCAAGGUGGGCAUCGUGGUGUUUGCCAUCUUCUGCCUGGUGUGGUGCUCCUUCCAGAAGGUGUUCGACCUGGACAGCACUGGUGGGAUCGUGGCCCUGAGCCUGGUAGGCGCUUUGCUGAUCCUCAUCUGCGUGGUGAUCGGCAUGCAGCCGGUGUCGACCAUCGAACUGACGUUCAAGGUGCCGCUGGUGCCGUUCGUGCCCUGCCUCAGCGUCUUCUCAAAUCUGUACCUGAUGUUCCAGCUGGACCUGAACACCUGGAUCCGCUUCCUCAUCUGGAUCGUGAUCGGCUACGUGAUCUACUUCUGCUACGGCUUGCGGAACUCCACGCAGAUAGCCAGAGCUCGCAACCACGCCGAGGUGGCGGCCAACGCAAUGCAGCAUCAGGGUCAGCACGAGAACCCCGCCUUCGAGCCGGACUGCAAGGUGGAGAACGGCCGACAACAGCCGUCUUAUGAAUUCUCCGAGAAGCUGUAAGCGCCAUAGGCGCGUUUAGCCAAGUAUUAUUCCCCCAACUUCUACCACAACUUGAACUUCAUUCGAUUUUGCAUCUUCCUCUGAAUAGAACAAAGACUCCUCUGCCUUCUUAGCUAGCACGUUUAUGUGAGAGAGAUGAAUAGAUUGCGUAUGGAAAUUAAAUGGAUCUGCACUGUGCCCGCCCCGCCCUUAUUGCCCCGGCCGUGCGGAUCUGUUAUUUCUGUGCGCCUCAGGACUUCUAGAGAGAGCUCAGAACAGACUCUAUUUUAGCAUUUCACCCUUCUACACACCAUUACACCUAUGUAUCUUUUAACCAACUUUUAACAAACCCAAACGAUGCCGCCGCAAUUCCCCUUUUGUUGUGAUAUUUGUAAAUAUAUAGAGUAAUAUUGUUCGCAUAUUUGUAUAUUUGUCACAAUUACUGUCGUUAUGUAAAUGGAAUUUUGUACCAUAAUAUUUUACGUCAUCGCAGAUACGCGUGCAGCCCACACAACCGUAGCCGCACUUAGUAUUUAAGCUCUUUAGCUGCUAAGCUUCCCAAAUUUGUUAUUAUUAGCCAAAAACAGAAACGAAUUUUGCCCCUCUUGUUUAUUAAAAAUGCAAUGAUGUUCAACAUAAA